AUGAGCAGUCGUGACCGUUCACGGGGCCCUCCGCCCGGUGAGAUUCCUCCUCAAAGGGAUCCGCGUCGUGCAGGCGAUAGUCGCAAUGGCGGAUUCGCCGGACCCGGAGAUGGCUCGUUGUCAAGGGCGGAGAAAUUCGAGGACGAAAAAAGGCGGAUUAUCCACAGCUGCUUCGCAAAGAAAGAUAGUGAUGGGACUUUGGUCGAGUCCUACAUAACACAUGUCCGCAUCAUCGAAGAUGCGGCGUAUCCGUCCACCCCCGCUCCUCCAAAUUCGCCGCCUGAAAACAAGAAGCCUAGGGUCAUAAUCGUUGCGGUCCGAAGAUCGGGCAGAGUGCGCUUGCAUAAAGCUAGGGAAAACAAUGACGGAUCUUUCUCCAUCGGGAAAACAUGGAUGCUGGACGACUUAUCCGCAAUUCAAUCCUACAAUGCCCUCGUACCGUCGACCCCAUUGGAACAACAGCAGAAGCAGUGGGCUCUCAAUCUCGGAUUUGUGAUCACCGUGGGAAAGCCUUAUUAUUGGCAUGCACGGACCUCCAAAGAGAAGGACUUUUUCAUAGGCAGCCUGGUGAAGAUCUAUCGCAAAUACACUGGCGGCAAAAUACCCACGCUUAUCGGAUUUGACGAUCGUGAGCGCCAACUGCUUGCUGGAUCGCAUCCCACGCCUCCGACAGCACCACCAGCUCCCAACCCCCCUAACGCAGGACCCUCUCGCUCAGAUGUGACCCUCCCUCCCCCGCGCCCACCCUCAUCUCAGGGUAGUCGACCUCAGUCUCCGUAUUCGAGCCGUGCCCCUAGUCGGGAUGGACCCAAGCGGCCGCCGCCCGAGGAACAUGCCCUGCGAACCCAGAAGAGUCGAGAGCAGAUGGCAAGGCCAUCUACUGGCCAGUCUGGAAAAAGCGCAUUUUCCCCGCUCGCUCCCCCACCGCAUCCGCCACCAAUUCCUCCUGAUCAUCGUGAGCAACCUCCUCCUCGUGCAACUGAACGACUCGCAACAGAUGUCAGAGGCCCAAAGGCGCCGCCGCCCCCUCCUCACGGCCCCCACGAAGCCAGAAGCAGGGACUUCCCAUCUAGUUUACAGCCUGCCUCUUCUGCUGGCACGCUGGAGAGGUUUAGCGGCCACAAUGGCGACAGUCCAGGGGUUCCUCACUUGGAGGCCCGGCCGCCGUCCUCGCGAGAUGGAAGGCCAGGUCCCGAGUCCAGGCCUAUGCUUCGUACCCAUGAUUUACACACUAGUCGCAGCAAGGAUGGUCUACGACCUACCACACCAGGAUCGAUUUCCGGAGAAAAUCGCACCUUCUUGCACAGUCCAGCCAGCACUGUGGGGCCGCGGUCGCCCCUGCGAGAAACAUCUGAAAGGUCGUCUAGGUCGGAACUACAAACAGAGCCCCAGGAGCUGGAGGCUCCUGUUGGUUCAAGCGCCGGUGACCUGCCAUCUACGUUAAUGCCCGGCUUAUCGGCAGGCAACAAGACACCAACCACACCCCAGACUCCUGAACCGAUAGCCGUCCCAGCACCAGCACCGGCACCGGCACCAGCACCAGCACCGGCACCGGCACCAGCACCAAUCAUAGCAGCACCAGAGCCUCCACAGUCUCCAGAUGCUGCCGAACCAGUUACAGAAACGGAACCCGGAAUGCCUGAAAGCCCCCCAGAUGAAACUGAUCCUACAGCCGAAGACCUUGAUACACACCGCCCAGGCCUCGGGCCCAUGAUUAAGAAAAAGCAAAACAAGGAUGUUGUGGGAGUAUUCCGCAAAGCCGCCACUGCUUACGGUGCAUUCAAGCCAAGACCCGGAGGUGCAGGCGAAAGGCUUCUGGCAGCAGCCAGAAAGCAAAAAGCAGCCACGGAUGAACCCGACGGUAUCACAAGCGUUGUUCCAGCUCCAUUCUUGCUUCGGACGAACAGUGACAAUACCACGGCCGGCCCUGACAGCCCGGACAAAGAGGAGGCCCCGGUCCCGUUACCUGCAGCGACAGAUAAACAGCCCGCUGCGCCACCGCCUAUCACGAUUCCUGCACCGGAACCUCCCACGGUCGAAGUAACUCAAGCUCCUCCGCUCGAGCCCGUCAUCGAUCCAGUCGAGGCACCCGCGGAUACACGGAACACGUCAAGGCCUACGGUGCAGGUUGCCGCUGACGAGAGAUCAAGGUCUGUGUCGCCCUCACCACACGAUCGCCGCCGUCGACGUCACGAAGACAACACAAUCAAAUACUGCCAGUCGCUUGGUAUCAAACCCAGCGUUCUGGGAGGGCGAGGUGUGGAAUUCGAUGACAUCCUAACAGACCUUGGCUGGAAUGGACGGUUGAGUGACGAGAAACGCAUCGAAGACCUUGAAGCAGAUAUUCGUCGGGAGAUCGGACGUGUGGAGGCUACCAGCUGGCUUGGUAACCUAGAGCAGCAGGAAGGGAAGAUCGAUCAACUGGCCAAACUGAUUGACAAGACGGUCGAGGAGUGUGAGGAGCUGGAUAACCUUCUCACGCUCUACGCGCAUGAACUGAAUACUCUUCAUGACGAUGUGUCCUACAUUGAAACACAAUCUCAAGGUCUGCAAGUGCAGACGGCCAACCAAAAGUUACUUCAAAACGAGCUACAGAAUCUUCUGCGAACCCUCUCGAUAUCCUCCGAAGAUCUCCGCGCACUAAAGGAAUCAUCGCUGAGCAAUCCGGAUGGCCUGCAGGAUACUGAAGUCGCGCUGUCAACAUUGUAUAAGGCGAUGUUAAUGAUUGAUUCCGACCUACGGCAGAACAAGAAACGGCUGGCCGACGCUGCUGGAGAUCAUGGUAGCCUGGGCGUUUACGCUGACACGGAAAUCGGCCAGAUGCGGGCCAUUCAAGAGAAGAAAGAAGAAUACCGUACACAUUCUCGGGUAUUUUUACAGCGACUUAAGCAGUUCAUGACGAUCGCCUAUAGAAUCGCAGAGCAAAAGAGAAUCGAUGCUGCAGCCGGUGCUGCCCAGAAAGAUCCCCUUAAGCUCAACAGUGAAGCUCGGGCAUACUGUCGUCGAGAGCUGUGGCAAUACCAUGCCGUGAUUCUCUUUGCGCGGGAAGUCAGUGGAGGCGAGUGGCAAGCCUUGAUCAACCUCUAUGAACAGCAAGCAAAGGCGCCUUAUCAGACUGAGUUCCGGGACAACAACGUGUCUUGGAAGAAAAUGGCCAGAAAAUCCACGGGAGAUGAGCAGGAACUCCUUUUUACCCAUCAGGAGAAGGAGAAGGAGAGCGAAGGCAUCACGAUGGCCGCGCGCAAGCUGACGGUUCGAAGAGGCAAGACCAUCCGUGCGGCAGCAGGACUUAAGCUCUCAUCUGGUGAUAAGCAACACGGCAAGCUUGAGCCCUGUGAAGCAUUUGCAGGCACACUCCAAGAGACGCUGAGGAUGAUAUCUGAGGAGCAGAAUUUCAUUGUGCAUUUCUUCCACUUGAACUCGCUCUCCACCGUCGAAUUCCCCGAUCUUGUCGCUACAGGUGCCCCCGAUGAGCGCAGGAUCCCUAAUUUUAGUGCUAAACUGUUGCACGACCCGGACCGGGGCAUGGCAAAGAAGGUGGAACAGAGUAUGGAUGAAUUGUUUUCAUUCUGGCCUACUGAUAUGCAGAAUCUCGUAGACUGGGCUAUCCGCGCCGAUCCACUACAAGGAAUUGGCAUUUUGCUGGCGCUGGAGAAGGCGAUCUCCGAGUUUGAUGACGCCAAUCAAGACUUCAUAGUUCACUCACUCCAGAAACUGCAUUCUCGACUCCUUGGCCUAUUCAACCGCUUCGUGGAUGAACAAAUCCGAGGCAUUGAGGAGACCAAAGUCAAGGUUAACAAGCGCAAGGGGGUCAUCUCCUUCAUGCGAGUGUUCCCGAACUUUGCCACCGCGGUAGAAAAUCUCCUCACACAGCAGUCGCAGGAUUUCUAUGAUAUUCGGAUCAGUGUCAAUGAAGCUUACGAUCGCAUUAACCGUGCUAUGUGGGAGUCACUCAAGUUCAUCGCCAAGGAAGCUCCGGGUCAACCCACGGGCGCGGCGGCCACGUCCGGCGAUCCGGAAGAUAAAGAGAUUCUCAACUACCACAUUCUCCUAAUUGAGAACAUGAAUCACUACGUGGAGGAAGUCGGUAUCCGGGAUCUCCUGGUCUUGGAGCGUUGGCGCGACCGGGCGCAGCAGGAUAUGCAAGAGCACUUGAAGUUGUAUCUUGAUUCGGUCAUCCACCGACCCCUAGGCAAGCUGCUCGAGUUUGUGGCAUCUGUUGAGAACCUGCUGGCGAGCGGUAUGAGCCCCUCGGACAUCGCCAGCCGACCCAGCCACUCGCGAUCGGUGGCGAAGAAGGUAAUGGCUGCGUACGACGCGAAGGAGGUCCGACGAGGCAUCGAAGGGCUGAAAAAGCGGGUUGAGAAGCACUUCGGUGAUGCGGAUGAUCCGGGCCUGAGCCGAAGUCUGGUAUUGAAGGUGCUCCGGGAAUGCGAGGGUCGUUAUGGGGAAGCGUACGACCGCACCCGGCGCAUCAUUGACACGGUGUAUGAGGGACAAUUGGAGCUCGAAUGGCGCAAGGAGGAGGCCGUUGCCAUGUUCCAGAGGUGACAGAUGGCUAUUAUUGAGAUUUUUGAGUUUCUGCCCUUACUUGACUUUCUGUUGCUUGCUUGCGGGUGCGAAUCAUACAAGGGGCGCAUGGGAUCCGGCGGUUGCAUUUUCAUUUCCCAGUUCAAUGUGUCUCGCUUCCAUUUUUUUCUUUUUUCCCCCGGUUCUUUGUUAAUAGCUACUGGCUUUCUCGAGUACCCUUGCCUGUUAUUGUAUUUAUAGUCCGCGAUCUAUGAGGGUGGGAAGGGGUUUCCUGAAGAAGUACUACUGGAGAAGACUGGCGAGAACCUUUGUUUGGCGUUGUCAGCCGAGCCAAAAGGUCGUCUCCGGCGGGCUCACGCAUGGUUCGACGUAAGGAAUCG